AUGGCUUGCUUGGUCAUUUUCCUCCUGUGUCUGGGGCUGCAAAUUGCUGUCCAGUUCUCAGACAUAUCUGUUCAAACCAAAAGUGGCAUAGAUAAAGGACUUCUUCACCUUCUUCGAGAACUGCGUCAGGAGGAAUACUAUGACACACUACUUGUCUACGGAGAGGAUUGUGUCUUUCACUCCCAAAUCAAAUACUUGGAUGUUCCUACAGUGUUGGUUUCUUCAGGAAGCACCAGCUUUGAUUGGAAUUUUAGUAGCCUAACUCUGAUACUAAGUUGUGGCCCUGAAUCAGAAAGAGAAGCAACUAAUCGUACUAUUUUUAAGCUGCAAGGAAACAGACGUCUUAUCUACCUGCAAGAUAAAAACCAACCAGAGAAUGUCUGUGAUAAUUACUUCAAAAAGGAUCAUUAUAAUGUAGCCAUGUUGAGGAAUGACAUUGUAAAGUCGAAAGUCAUAUACACAUGUCGCUACUUUGGGGAUCCUAACUUUGAAAAAGUAAGUUUAUCAGAGAAAAGUCCGAUUUACAUUGAACAAUUUCAAAAUAUGCACGGAAAAGCUAUCAAAACUAUGGCAGAUCUCUUACCCCCACGAUCCAUGCAGUAUCAGGAUCCAAUAAGCGGUGAAAUGAAGACAAAGGGAUAUGUGGCCGAAUUGGUCAAUAACUUUGCACAGAAAGUAAAUGCCACCUUGCAGUUUGGCCUUCUAACACAAAGCCUUAGCUUAAGAGAGAUAUCAAGAAAGGCCCAGCACGAUGAGCUUGACAUCGGUGUUACUCUGGAGGCCUCUUUAUAUUCCAUGAGCCUUGACACAGCUAGCUAUCCAUAUCUUCUGACAUCUUACUGUCUAAUGGUUCCAGUUCCAUCAAAGUUGCCGUACAAUCUGGUGUACGCCGCGAUAGUGGAUCACCUCGUCCUUGGCAUUAUCUUCUUGCUGUUCUGCCUGCUUUCUACGCUGCUAAUAUAUAGUCAGAAAAUGUCAUGGCAAGAGCUCAGUUUGGUCAACAUAUUACUUAAUGAUAAAAGUUUGCGAGGUCUCUUGGGCCAAUCGUUUCCAUUUCCCUCCAAUGCUAACAAGCACUUAAGGCUGAUAUUUUGCAUUCUGUGCUUCGCAAGCAUUUUGAUGUCCACGAUGUACGAGGCUUAUCUGCAAUCUUUCUUCACGGAUCCCCCAGCUGGACCUUAUAUUCGUUCCUUCAAGGAAUUCGGAAAGUUUAACCAAAAGAUUGCAAUUACCGAAAUUGAGAAAAACGCUUUAAUAGACCUCAACAAUACACGUUACCGUGAAAUUCACGAAAACGACCUUAGAAUAUUUCAUGAUUGGCAGGAGUGCCUUAAACUGCGUGACGCCUUAAAUCGGGACUACAGUUACUUGGUAACAUGGGAUCGAUGGAGCGCCUAUGAUGAGCAGCAAAAGCUUUUUAAGGAUCCGGUCUUCUACUUUGCCAAGGACCUCUGCUUCUCUCGUCUCGUCUUCUUGUCGGUGCCCAUGCGGAGACACCUGCCCUACCGUCAUCUCUUCAAUGAUCAUAUGAUGCGACAGCACGAGUUCGGUUUGGUGAAUUACUGGAAGAGCCACAGUUUCUUCGACAUGGUAAGACUCGGCAUAGCACCUCUGAAGGACCUAAGUCAGCCCAAAGUGGUUAGUCCAAGCUUAAUAUUGGAUGAUAUAUCGUGGAUCCUUAAGCUUUAUAUGGCCGCCAUGGCGAUCAGUAUUAUCUGUUUCAUGUCGGAAAUAGCGAGAGAAAAGUGGCGGCGCUGGAGUGAACUCAAAAAUUAA